CUUCUUCUUCUUCUAAUAGUUUCCGACAUGGGGUGUAUCCAGAGCAUCGCGUGUAACAAGAGCCGCAUCAAACGGGAAAACAUUGUGGUGUACGACCUGUCCGCCACUAUAGACCAUUGCCCCACUGUUAUCGAGGAAAACUCGCCGAUAGUAUUGCGGUACAAGACACCAUAUUUUAAAGCUUCAGCGCGGAUUAUUAUGCCCCCGGUACCUCGCAAUGAGACAUGGGUGGUGGGGUGGAUCCAGGCGUGCACCCAGAUGGAGUUUUACAACGUAUACGGAGAUAUAGGCAUGUCGAGUUGGGAGCUGCCCCAGCUACGGGACGGCCUGGUGAGAGCCAUCAGUGACUCGGAUGGUGUGAGCUACCCCUGGUAUGGAAACACAACAGAGACUGUGACUAUAGUUGGCCCUACCUCCAAGCCCUCCCGCUUUAUAGUUAGCAUGAAUGACAAUUUCUACCCAAGUGUCACCUGGGCUGUGCCAGUAAGUGAAUCCAAUACACCUUUAUUGACUAACAUCAAAAGGGACCAGAGCUUUACCACAUGGCUGGUGGCACUCAACACCACAACCAGGGAGAAGAUCUUGCUCCACACCAUAAAGUGGAGGAUGAGAGUUGACAUUGUUGUAGAUCCCUGUCUGCCUUUGGGCUCCAGAGCCCACCUGGUAGGCAGGGUACAUCAAGACCAGCCCCGGGUACUCACCCGAAUGGAGGCCAUACCUCCCAAUGCCAUGGGACGACCCAAUGCUAAUGAUGCACAGGUUCUGAUGUGGAGACCAAGAAGAGGCCCUCCAUUAGUGGUUAUACCACCUAAAUAA